UCUAGAUAACAAACUGGGUAUGAUGUCUGAUAGAUCUAAUCGGGAUACGUUUCUCUAUUACACAACAAAAUAAUAUCAGGAAUCCCUGUGUUACCAAUAGCUUAAUAAUGCGUCCCGCGGGAGCCCUCUUUUUGUAUAGCUUGUGUUUGAUUAUUUUUCCUGUUGUUCGAGGCCAGAUUGACACGAGUAUCUGUAUUCCUGUCACCAAUACUUCGGAUGCCUCUCCACUACCUGCAUUAUCGCCUUCCUAUUCUACGACAGUGGAAUGGAAGUUAUUACAUAACAACAGCACUGUCAGUAUUGAGGAAUACGUCAUAGGAAUGGAGAAGUUGAGCAGUAUACGAAUUACACAGGAAGGUCAUACGUCACGGAUUAUAUAUGAUGAAAACGCUCAAGAAUAUACAGAAAUUGAUAUUGUAAAUAGUAAAUGUAAAACACACAAAUAUAUUCUUGAUGAUGUUUUAUUUGGAAAAGAAAUUUGGAAAUCAACAACAAAACAGUUAUACGAUAUAUUUAAACAAUCCAUUACUGUAAACCAAGGAACUCAGUUCAUCAGAUCAACAGUUGUCCAGACCUGGACAACGUGUGUCUAUUUAUUCCAGUACAACGUCACGAUGGAUGCUACUCUUUAUUUUGCAGCUGAAGGAUGGCCGAUGCCAUUCGCGGCCCCCGAUGCUAUGGUUCCAGUACGGUUAGAACUCCGGGGGUCCUACAACAAUAACGAGACCAGAUUCCACGCCGUGGGGGAUUACGUCAACUUCCUCCCCUCCCCUCCCUCAGAUCUUGACAGCGUCCAGACAGAGCCGGGUAUGUUCUGCGCUGGGAAAGAUAUUGGAAAGCCUAUGCUGCCUGUUCCAAGCGACUUCUCAGCAGUCAUAGAACGGGUCAACACGCAUGACAAACAAGUCACGUUCGAAACGAUCUGGUUUGAUUCCCAAAGGAAGUUUGUACGAUAUGAGACAAAGUCAGCCGGCGGCGACGAUACUGAUCCCUCCAAGAUCGUGUUCGAUUUUCAUGACGGUGUUCGAUACUCUAUGGACCCUUAUACUGGUGCGUGCGAUCCUGUGACGGUUAUUGAAAGGGGAGAUAAGUUUGUCGAUCAGACAGCGGUACCUGGGACCCGGAUACAAAUGCAGAAUUCUUUAGAUUUCUUUAAGAUUCAAAACGCCACCAUUCAGUAUGUUGGAAAGAGAUACACAAGAAAAAUAUUCUGUGAUGUGUGGAUCGGGCUGUAUUAUGAUUUAAAUAUAGGACAAAACCAAACCGUGGAGUGGUAUUUCCUGGGAGAGGGGUGGCAGGAGGGAAUCGGUACGUCCAUCACCCCCGGGAGUCUGGUCAGGUUUGAUGUGUGGGCGGAGAAUUCGGAUUUCGCCAUCAUUCAUAAUGUACACAAACUGAACCCCUCCACUCCGUAUCUCUCCUCCUUCGACAUUGGACCCUGCUUCCCGGGAAAUCAAAGGCAAAACUUUGUCAUCAAGUUCAUGGCGAGUGGUCUGGACUUGACUCAAGUCAGUCAGUACUACAUCACAGACCAGAUACAAGAAAUCCUCACUACGCAGGCGCAACUAGACAACCUCAGAUUCAGCAAUGUAGCGUUUGACAAUCUUGGUUACAACCAGUGGUACUUCAGUGGCGUGCUGCUGGAUAAAUCCCCCGUAGAUAACCCCAAUAUCUACCCCCCACCUCUGAUGAAGGAGCCACUCAGUAGCGCCUUUGGUUUCCUCACGGGGUUUGUAGACACGCCGUGGGUGUACAACACAACCGGACAAAGCUUCCAGUUGGUUGCCUUGGGGAUCAUUCCGCUCUACUACCCGGAUGAGUUCACGACAACCACCACACUGCCGACGACAACCGGAACUUACCUUGUCCCGACCUUACCUGUCCUGACAAAGGGGACCACCUCUAUACCCACACCACCGGCACCACCUACCGGGCCAACUCAGACAACCAAGGUCACCACAAAGUCGCCGGAGACACCCAAACCAACAACCCAACAAACGACCAAACAACCAACCAAACAAAGCCCAGCAGGUCCUUGUAAAUGUGCAACAUGUCCUCCAUCAACAUGUCCGACUGUCACGUGUCCAGUGGUAACAAGGCCCAAGUCACAAACACCCAAGCCGUGUACUACCCAAGGGUGCAACUGUCCAAAGGUCACGUGUCCAAGACCCACACUCGGACCACCGAAAUGUCCGAAAGUCACCUGUCCAGUGACAACAUUGAAACCAAUGACGUCACCUUGCACUCCGAGUGUCGCCGGCGUUACCGCACUAAAUAAUGUUGGUGCGCAGUCGCAGCAAUCAAGCAACGGUGUUUCUUCAGGUGGCGCUGUGGGUAUUGCGUUUGCCUGUUUAUUCUUGGGAGCCCUUAUAGGUGCUGUCGUUCUGUAUGUCUUUCAGAAAAAGUUUCCAAAUGGAUUCAGAAACAGUGAUGAUGGAUAUUUAAAUCCAGUUUUUGAUGGAGAGUCGAAUUAUAACAAAUACUAGGAUCAAUUACUCACAAACAUUUUGUGCAAUAUUUUGCUAUGUUGUGUUUUUAUAUACAAAUAAACUGUUAUUUAUUGUUUUACUUAUAAAAGUAUUUAUCAAAGAUGCUGGCAGUUGUUGUUUUAUUGUACAAAGAUUUUCAAUUUUCACAGGUGUUAUUUAAAUGUUUUCAAAGAUUCUGACAAGAUUUCUUCAUUAAUGUUCUAACAGCUAUUAUUCAACUGGAUAAAGAUUCUGAUAGUUUGAUAGCCUAGCUGAUGCUAAUCUUUCAAAGAUUCUGUUACUAAACUGUACAAAGUUUCUGCUGGGUGUUUCAACUGUACAAAGUUUCUGUCGGGUGAUAUUUUGUCUAAACAAAGAUUCUGAUA